UAAUUUUUAACUUGAUAAACUGUUUUGUGGUUUAGCAAGAGCGAUAGAUUCUCUCUCUAUCAAACAAUCUCUCAACAAUAUGUUACUACAAAAUCGAAAUAAGCACUAGGCAACACUCGGACGAUUUAUUUGCCCGAUUUGUUACCCGAUUAGACGUUGUUAGCCAUAUAGCAGUUAAGUAUCGAGAUUUAUUGUAGAAAUGAAUUCGUAGCUAAUGUGUAUACUGUAUACAUUAUACUGUUCUCGUGGCGUGGAGUAGCCUAUGGUAUUGUUCAAAACAGAUUUGACGUCUAUGGGUGUUAAAAUGUCGCGCUUGCCUCGGCAAGUUUUUUUGGGAAUUGUCACGUUGAUGUUGAUAUGUCUCUUCUUAGUGACAGGCAUUUUGUGGCUUUCUGUCUCACACAAACAUGAGAUUGAUGAACUAAAGAACAGCCAUGCCGACAAAAUCCAAUCAUUUCGACAACAAUUUAACAGCCAGAUCAAUCAUUUUGCUGCAGAAUACAAAAAUAAAGAUGCUUUGAAAAUUAAUCAACAUAAAAAAGAAGUGGGAAUGGUUCGAGAUCAACAUCAACAAGAAUUAAAUCGAAUAAUUUCGUCAAUUCAGCAACAGUUAGACGAUUUAAAAGAUUUAUCGAAAGCUUAUUGGGAUCAACAUGCUCUGGUAGAUGACUGACCAAACUGCAAUGGCCAGAAACACCCACUGUCAAAAAUUGAAGUUAUAUAUGAUUUUGUAGGGUCGGCAAGUGGCAAGUAUUUUCGGUAAAAUCCCACUGCCUAGAUAUGCGAGCCGAAUUUUGCCUGUAAAGGUGCGUCAUGUUGAAGUUAUAGAAAGAUUGUUGCUACGCUUUAAGUAAGUGGGUUUAUGAAAUUUAGCUACCUACACUGGAGUUCCAGUUAAUACGAACAGUAAUUUAAUAUUAAAAAGGUUUGAAACACCUGAAUAAACGAUAGUUUCUAUACUUCCUCUAUACCGCAACAAUCUAACAUGAUAAAGCUCCAAUGAAACGUAUACUGAGAGAUGCUUGGGAAGUUGUUAUUAUUAAGUUACAGGAACAUUUUUGCCAUUGCUAGAUUCAGUGUAGAACGAUCAUUUACAGAAGGGGAUUAUUCGAUGGUUUAAUAUGUUUAUUAUAUUUGUAUUGUACACAAUGUUCGACAAUUUUUAUUGCAGAACAAAGUAGCCUACAUUGAUUGAUCCACGUGAUUGCUCAGUCAUACGACAGCAUUUAUUGUAUAAUUUAAUGCUAUGGUUGUAAAUUUAUUUGAAGUCAGUGACAACCAUGUUGAACAAAUAUUUCUUUAUUAAUUCCCCCUAUUUAUUAUUUUCCUUCCUGUUCGCUGUCCAUGGUAGGUAGGGAUAAUUCUCAUAUGACCAAUCCUCUGCAGCAUUCGAGAAAAGUGGUUUUGAGCUUGUAAGAACCCCUAAAAAUUUGUAAAAACCCACUGUCCACGUGGAAGCCAAAUAUCCCUCUAAGACAGAGGCCUUUCAAAAUACGAUUUGAACCAUAUAUCCCUUCAUACUUUACCUUCAAACUAUAGGCCACUGUAGAACUCCAGAUGGAAACCUUUUACACGGACAUGAAAACAACACAAUUUUUACAGUGAAACUUGUUUAUGUGCAAAUUUUAAGAAGAAAUAUAAAAAGAGCAAGUUUUUGUCUAAAUUUUCUACGCAGCAAAACAAUAAAAAUGAGCAAAUAAAUGAUUUUCGACAAAAAUAAAUUACUGGCACACAGUAUUUCUUGUAAUUGAAAGAUAGAUGGAGAAUAAGGAAAAAUAUCAACAUCCAAUUAAAAAUAAAACUAUUGCCAAACGUCAAUUCAAUCAUGAACAAUUCCUCAAAACGCUGGGUAUAAAUGUUUUUUUAGUCAAACUAAAAGCAGGUUUGUAUAGAAUGGAAUGUUAGAAGAAGGAACACAUAAAUCAUUACAAGGAGCGAGCUGAGAACACAAAAAGUAGGAAACACCCUUGUUUACUAACUGGGCGAGAUUUAAGGUCGAAAUUUGUUCUUCGACAAACCAAGUGUAAUCAUUAGUCUACCCCACUCUUUGUCUAG